AUGGCGGCAGCUACGCCAUUCGAUCCAUAUAGCCAAUCAUUCACGCUACAGGCGAGCGACGGGACACUCUUCAAUGUCUCCAUCCCUAAUCUCGACUAUUUCGUCAACUACAACACUCAGAUCUGCAUCAACUAUGGUGCCCAGACAGGAGCCUCAAUCAUCCUUCUCGCCGUGCUCCUUCUCCUCACCAAGCCAGACAAGCGUGCCUCUCCCAUAUUCAUCGUCAACGUCUCAUCGCUAGCUCUGAACAUUGUACGGAAUGUUCUCCAAUGCCUGUACUUUACUGGCCCUUUUACGGAAACAUACGCUGUCUUCAGCGGGGACCACUCGCGGGUCCAUACUGGGGAUUACGCAACGUCCGUCACUGCCACAGUCUUCACCCUGCUCGUUCUGGUAUGCGUCGAGAUUUCUCUGUGUCUCCAAACACGCGUGGUAUGUGUCACAGUGCGCCAGCUCUAUCGCAAAAUAAUCUUCGCAGCCUCCGUUGUGAUCGCAUUAUUGGCUAUCGCCUUUCGACUGGCUCUUUGCAUCGAGAACUCCAUAGACAUCGUGCAGGCGAAGGUUGAUGGGCCUCUACAACAGUUAGCAAGUGCCACGAACAUUACAGAAUCCAUCAGCAUCUGCUGGUUCUCCGCAGUCUUCGUCACAAAACUUGCUCUCGCUCUAAACGAGAGGAGGAAGCUAGGUUUGGUUCAGUUUGGUCCGAUGCAGAUCAUCUUCAUCAUGGGAUGCCAGACUCUUGUCGUUCCAGGUCAGCAAGACAGUAUCCAAAGCCCAAGUUCCAAGCUGACCUUUAUCUUAGCGCUCUUUUCAACUCUUCAAUAUGCCGUCAACAAUCCAGCUUUGUAUUCCAACGCCCUCACGUGUGUGGCGAUCUUUCUACCCCUUUCAUCACUGUGGGCUUCAGCUUCCCUCGACAGCCGAUUCCAAGCAUCCAAGGAACAACACUACGGUAACAAGAUGGUCCCGAGCUCCCUGUCAGCUAGUACCGGGCGUCCAGAUGCUAGGACCAUCAACGGUCCCCUUAGCCCAACAAAUACGGAGAAUACAGGUACUAGUGGUUCUGGUGCACGCAGCCCCCAAAACAUUGGUCAGCGUCAGGCACUCAGAGAUCUUGAAGCUCAGGGCAUGGUCGAUACUGGUGACUUUAGGGUCCAAUAG